AUGGGUUUCAUGCAGCUCGCCCAGGGCGCGCGCGUCAGGACGGUGAGGAAGUACUACGAUGACGACUCGACGUUCUGGGACCUCGCAGUGUUAACGAUCGUGACCACGGUGUUCGAUUACCACCUUCUGUAUCCAGUAUUGGGUGACAGCGCUGCCGUGGACUUGACAGAGCGCCAGUCGAAGUUCUCUAAGACAGACAUCUUAUUAGAUCGGCAUGGCACGCGCAUCGGCGCGUGUUUGUUCGAGUUCAAGCGGCUGCUAGGGCCGUGUUGGUCACAGGACAGCCCUGCCCGAAUGCCGCGGUCAAUGCUUGAUGUCGUCGGUGCUCCUUUGACAGAUGAUGGCUUCAUGAAACCAUCGAGGGGGGCAAUGCUGCGGCUGGCGACGUCGACGUUCAGACGAUAUGAGGUGAAGUACUCUACGUGGCCGUACAAAAUGUACAAAAUGAUCGACAGCGGGGCUGCCGAUGACGAGAAGCAGCGCGUCGCCCAGAGCCUCUUGGACGCGCCGGGGAAGCAGCUUGACAUCUACAACUUCGGCAUCCGCUCCCAAGUCGACACGGUGCCCGAGCUGCCGGGCCCCCGACGCAGAUCCAUCUCGGCAGCCGACUUCAAGAACCACCCCCACGACAUUGCGAACAUCGAGCGCACGAACUCGGAGCUGGCGGCCUACCAACGGAAGAGGGCCCGAGGGAGGAGCUCGGUACACGUGGCGCGUGAGCAGAUUGUGCGCGAGGCACUCCGCGUUCACCUGGAUCGGAAUGGCUUGCACCCGUUGUCGCCGAGCUCCCAGGCCAACUUGCCCGCCGAGGAGUCGGUGGAGCUGGCGCCGUUCAUCUGCGAGGGCGGCGGCAACAGCGGCCCCGUGCUGUUCGCCAGGCAGGGUGUGUCUUCAAGCGAGCUGCUCGCGCUGGGGGGCGCGUCAGAUGCGCCGAGUUCUUCGUCGGCGCCAGCUUCGCGUCCUACUUCUCGCGAGAACGAAGUUUUCAUGGCGCCCCUGGUUGUGCAGCGGCCCAGUGCGGCUCUGCCUGCAGCGCCCGCUGGGCAGGCGGCCAGGUCGAGCGCGGACGCCGCGGGCCACCCUCGACGGCGCGUCGGCCUGAACCCUUUCACGCCCGCUCGGAACAAGCACUUGCAGGCGGCCAAGCUCGCAAAAGGUAGAACGCUGACUUGCGAAGAGCUCGCAUCCGCCAAGGGGGGGUUCAGGGCAGACUGGGUUGAGCGCGGGGAGCGCGAUGGUGGCCACGACGUGGAUCGCAGCGUCUACGACGAGUGGAGGGAUGACCCCCCAGACGAUCUUGGCAAGCAGAGUGGUCAAGUUAAGCCGUAUGUUGCAUCCUGGAAUUGUGGUUGUCAGGCCACGCCCAUCAGCAAGCAGGAGUUCCACCGCCACGUCGUUCAGCAUGGCUGGCCGAGCGACGGCGUCAUCUGCGAUGGCGGUGCCUCCAACCACAUUUUCAAGCCUGACGAGACUGUGGAUUUUGAUAAGUGGGAGGACUACGAGUUUUGGGGCGUCGGGCGGCUAGCUCGGAACGUCAGCAAGGACGGCGUUGGCGACGUGGUCAAGUUCGAGCGCGUGGAGAAGCACAUAUUCUCUCAUAUCAGCAAUCUGGGUAAGAAGAAGGCCGACGACGGCACCAAGCUCAUCAUGAUAGAGGGCGACACUUUGACCGAGCCAGUAUCCAAGCAGCGCUUCUUUGCCUUCAUCACUGGCACGUGCUACAAUCCAAAGAUCUUCGACGUUAUAAACUGCAACUAUCACGAGGAUGAUGUGGAUCUCUUCGCGGCGCCUGAGACUUGCAUGAUUUCGGAUCAGUUUGAAGUCUUGGAUUGCCAGACCUCGGACGAGUUUAUUCUGAAGAUUGUCGGGGUUUUGCGGAGCGCUUCGCUGUGUAGUUUCGAGUAUAUCGCGUUCGAUGGGUUCGACCGCAGCUUGAUGUGGCCUCGGGUCGAUGGCAAGAAGUUCAUCAGCAAUAUCUUUGUGCCUGAGCGUUCGUGGCCUGCGCCGUCGCGGGAGCGCGGUCAGAAGCGCAAGUCCGCGAUCGCCAAGCUGGUCGCCGCCGGCGCUGGCGGAGAGCAGGGCGAGGAGGCGGCGCAGCUGGGCGAGGGGCUGGCGCAGGGGGCUGGCUCCGAGGCGGCGCGGCAGGAGGCGGCGGAGCAGGACCACUUCGAGCACUUGGGCUUGGACUGCGGCUCCGCGGACGCGCUCGUCGGGCGCGGCCUCGGCAUCGACGGCGGCGAGCUCAAGCCUGCAGAUGUCGAGGAGCUCGCGGGGGGCCGCGGAGCUGCAAUCGACGAGGCUGGCGCUGGCGACGAGGUCGACGGCGGUGGUCGCGGCGCUGGGCCUGCUGGGCUUGAAGGCGGCGCAGGCGCAGCUGGUCAUGGACCAGCGCCGCCCCCGCCGCCUCCCGAGCCGUGGGAGGAGGUCGGGCCUCCCAGCGGUGCUGGGCACCUCUACCGCGGGACGAAGAUGGUGGGGCGCCUCGUCAAGAGCAAGACGAAAGGUGGUGUGCACGUGACGUGCUACAUGCACAAGCGCUGCAACUUGAUGAUCGGCGACCGCCUGUGCCCUGGCGACGAGGUCAUCAAGCGCUGGCUCUUCGAGGUGGAGACCGCCUCGCCGACGGCCAGCGCCGAGGAGCGCAAAGCUCUCGCGGCGAGGCACGUGCGCCUCGCCAAAGACAGGUGGCAGACGGCGCGGGGGCGCGCCGCCAAGUGA